AUGGCUUCCAGAUUAGAAAGAUUAACUCAAUUAUCUACUGACACCGGUAAGAACGUCAGAAGAACCUCCAUCAUCGGUACCAUCGGUCCAAAGACCAACAGCCCAGAAGCUUUGGUUGCUUUAAGAAAGGCUGGUUUAAACAUCGUUAGAAUGAACUUCUCCCAUGGUUCUUACGAAUACCACCAAUCUGUCAUUGACAAUGCUAGAAAAUCUGAAGAAUUAUACCCAGGUAGACCAUUAGCUAUUGCUUUAGACACCAAGGGUCCAGAAAUCAGAACCGGUACCACCAUCAACGAAGUUGACUACCCAAUCCCACCAAACCACGAAAUGAUCUUCUCCACUGAUGACAAAUUCGCCAAGGCUUGUGACGACAAAGUCAUGUUCGUCGACUACAAAAACAUUACCAAGGUUAUCUCCAAGGGUAGAGUUAUCUACGUCGAUGACGGUGUCUUAUCUUUCGAAGUUUUAGAAGUUAUUGAUGACAAAAACUUAAAGGUCAAAUCCUUAAACGCCGGUAAGAUCUGUUCCCACAAGGGUGUUAACUUACCAGGUACCGAUGUCGAUUUACCAGCUUUAUCUGAAAAAGAUACCGCUGAUUUAAGAUUCGGUGUCAAAAACGGUGUCCACAUGAUCUUCGCUUCUUUCAUCAGAACUGCUGAAGAUGUCUUACACAUCAGAUCCGUCUUAGGUGAAGAUGGUAAGGACAUUAAGAUCAUUGUUAAGAUUGAAAACCAACAAGGUGUUAACAACUUCGACGAAAUCUUAAAGGUUACUGACGGUGUUAUGGUUGCUAGAGGUGAUUUAGGUAUUGAAAUCCCAGCUCCAGAAGUCUUAGCUGUCCAAAAAAGAUUAAUCGCUAAAUGUAACUUAGCCGGUAAGCCAGUUGUCUGUGCCACCCAAAUGUUAGAAUCUAUGACCUACAACCCAAGACCAACCAGAGCUGAAGUCUCCGAUGUUGGUAACGCUGUCUUAGAUGGUGCUGAUUGUGUUAUGUUAUCCGGUGAAACCGCCAAGGGUAACUACCCAAUUAACGCUGUUACCACUAUGGCUCAAACCGCUUUAAUGGCCGAAAACGCUACUGCUUACUUACCAAACUACGAUGAUAUCAGAAACUUAACUCCAAAGCCAACUUCUACUACUGAAACUGUUGCUGCUUCUGCUGUUGCCGCUGUUUUCGAACAAAAUGCUAAGGCUAUCAUUGUCUUAUCUACUUCUGGUACCACUGCUAGAUUAUUAUCUAAAUACAGACCAGACUGUCCAAUUAUCUUAGUUACCAGAAACGAAAGAGCUGCUAGAUUCUCUCACUUAUACAGAGGUGUCUACCCAUUCGUCUACUCUAAGCCAGAAGUUGCUGACUGGACUGAAGAUGUUGAAUCUAGAUUAAACUUCGGUGUUAAAGUCGCCAAGGAAUUCGGUGUCUUAGCUGACGGUGAUGUUAUUGUUACCGUUCAAGGUUUCAAGGCUGGUGAAGGUCACUCUAACACCAUGAGAGUUACCACUGCUUAA